AAAAGUGUUUUUGUUGCUACAGAUCUCUGCCGUUUCUAGUGCGAUUCCAUAUUUCCAUCUAUUUUCGUCUCCGUCUUCUUUCUUUUCCCCUGAAACUGAAAGUGAAAACAGCAACAACAAUGUCUUCUUCAUCUUCUUCGUUCACGAGUCUCCACAUCACGGCCUUAGACGCGAUAGUGAACGUCAACUCCCUCUUCACCCUCGCCGUCUUCAUCGGCCUAACCUGGAACCCCAACGACCCUUCCAACAGCCUCAACUCCGAUCCGGCGUGUGCCCCCACCGCCGCCAUCGCCGAGAACCUCAUCGCCUUCCACGUCUACUCUUUCAGCUCCUUCCUCUUCUCCAGCCUCGUCGCCCUCGCCCUCAAGCAGGCCAUCCGCCUCUCCCGCACCACCUCCUUCCACUACCCCGCCGUCGUCGACCACCUCGUCGCGGACGUCAACCGCACCGCCCUCCGCCUCGGCAUGCUCGUCUCCGGCGUCGGAUCCGUCGCCGGCUGCGCCUUCCUCAUGCUCGCGCUCGUCAACGUGGCGCAGAUCAAGCUCGGAACCCUCGCCUGCGGAAGCUCACACACCUACGCCGCCGUCGUUCCGCUUCUCAUAUUCGUCCCCCUCGCGCUCCUCAUCUACGUCUCCCUCGUUCUCUACGCCUUCACACGCUAGCUAGGUAGGUUUUGCGAUUGCGAUGAUGUUUGAUGCGACUAGUUCUAAAGUCCGAUUUAGGAUUAUUUUUUUCACAUUGAGACGUGAAAGAUAAUUUGAAUCUGAAUGAAUACUGUAAAUUAAAUAGUGAUGUGGUUUGAAAUGGAAGUGGUGUUUUGUUAGUGUCACUUUCUGAAUUUGACGGUGAGAUUGAUUGACAUCUUUGUUAACACGAGUAAUUUGAUGCUUGACAAGGAUAGAUUAGGGUUUUUCAAUGCGCAUUACAGACUGGAUUAUACA